AUGACACUUUUUAACUUUUCUAGUGUGCUGAAAACUUUGAUUAAUAAAGCAAUAAAAAAAGCUCAAGAAAAUCCCAUUAAAAAAGUUUAUUUUGUUCUUGGAAAUGAGUCGGCUGAUUUAGAUUCCAUUGUGAGUUCAACCUCUUACGCAUAUUUAAAUGCCAAAUUUUGUCCUCUCGAUACUGUAUACCUUCCAAUCAUUCAAAUUCCAAGAUCUGAUUUUUCUUUACGUCCAGAAUGUGAUUACGUUUUUAAAAAAUGUGAAAUUUCCACUAGCUCUUUGAUUUUUUUGGAUGAUAUUUCUAGUCAUUUAUCUACCGUUUCAACAUCAUUUAACCUUGGUUUAGUCCUCUUAGAUCAUAAUAAAUUAAUAGGAAUUUGGAAACAAUUCGAGGAUAAAGUUAAUACAAUCUUGGAUCAUCAUCAAGAUGAAGGUUUAUAUAUGAAUAUUAAAGAGAGAUGUAUUGAAGGAGUUGGAUCUACUACAUCUUUAGUGGUUUUAAAAUUUAAAGAAAUUUUGAAAAAGAAAUUUAAUGAUAAUGAAAAUUUGAUAAAAAUUAAUAAUGAUACAAGAAAUUUUAAUAAAAUAAUUGCUAAUUUUUUAUUAUCUCCAAUUUUAAUUGAUACUAUAUUAUUGGAUUCUUCAUAUGGUAGAACAACUCAAAAAGAUCAAGAAGCUACAGAUUUUUUGUUAGAUAUUAUAUCCCCUCCGAAUCAUUAUAAAGAAUAUAAUUUAGAAUUGGAAAUGGGAAAUGAAACAAAAAAAUGUGUUAUGGGAAUCAGUUCUGUGGUUUGGACAUUAAAAGAUUGGGUUCUUCGAGAAGGUGGUAUUGAGAAUUUUAUGGAAUCUGUGAAGAAGUUUACACUGGAAAAAAAUUUGGAUUUAGAAAUUAUUAUGUUAGCGUUCGACUAUAAAGGUGAUGUAGGAUUUAAAAGAGAAAUAGUAGUUUAUUCGAAAAAAGGGCCAUUUUGCCAAAAAGAGAUUUUGGAAAAGUUUGAAGAGAUUAUUGGAUUAAAGGAAAUUAAAAAUUUUGAAAAUGGAAAAGGUAAUGGAGAAGAAAAGGACGUUGUAAUUAAAUUUUAUGAACAAAAAAAUAUUGCAAUGUCAAGGAAAAAAGUCUAUCCUGUAAUUAAAGAUUUGGUUUCAGCAAAAUACUAA